AUGUUUCUGGUUUCCUCGAGCCCUGCGCACGCGACUCGACUGCAGCGACGGCUGUUGACAAGACAGCGGUUGCCACUGCGCUCGUAUUCGACGCAAAAACUUCCGAGACAAGCGUCAUCUGCGCGUAGUUUACAGUGUAUUGGCUCGUUUUGGAGAAAACAGCCAGAUAGUGCGCAGAAGGAACAAGUGCACCUGCGCGAUACCUAUGACCCGCUGCCGUUGCACACAGCGCUGCAGCCACCGAAUACGAACGCGGAACGAGCGCGAGAGCUACUGCGGGCUCACCUGGACGGCAGAGGUCUUCCUUUCGAUGUGAACGCUGUCGACCGGGAUAACCGAACAGCGCUGCACUUUGCCGCGGCGCUCGGUUUGGCCGAAGUCGUCGAAAUGCUCAUCAAGGCUGGUGUCGAUGUGAACGCGCAAGACUCGCAGGGGCUCACCGCGCUGCACAUGGCAUGCGGGUAUGCACGUCCAGCAACGGUUCGUGCACUGACUGAUGCAGCGUGUGAUUUCUUGCGAUUUGAGUUGCGCGACUCGAGAAACCGCACUGCUCAACAGUUGGUCGAGGAGCUAUUGGCGCAGGAGCAACCGCGCAAGUUCGGCGGUCUUGUUCGCAACUCCAAAUACGAAGCCUAUUCGGAGAUCCUGGAGAUCAUCAAGACACACACGAACCGGACCAGCUCAUAA